AUGACGGACAUUCAACUGGCCGGUAGGGGAAUUUUAAAAGAAAUGUCUGGAACCCUGCCUAUAACGAGAGUAUGUAUUAGUAGUAGCAAUGGCGUAUAAACCAAAGGUUGCUGGACGGCUUGAAAUUGAGAUAGACAAACAUCGCGAAGAAUCUAAUUGGAAAAAGGUCUUGGAAUUAGCUGACCAGCUUUCUCAACGAACAACUGGAUUUGAAACCCUUGUAAGUUUUCUUAUUGGUGAAAGCAAACUUGAACAACACUUGGAGCAAUAUGCACCAACUGAACAAAAUAUUCCUAGGGCAAGGACUGGUUUAACAGAUUCUAAGCGUUAUUUACAGUCUUGUCUUGGGGAUCAGGGAAGAAAUUUAAACCUGGUGACUGAUGCACAUUUGCUUUUGGCUAAGCUUCUGUAUGCCCAAGGCUCAUAUGAAGAAUCUGUAAGCCAACUUGGAUUGGGAGGAUUAGAUGGAUUGACUCAGAAACAAUUGUCUAACCGAAACCUAAAAAUUGUAGCAGAGUCUUUUGCUGUAAAAGGGCUCUGUUUGGAGAAGAUUCCUCUUCAGACCACAAGCAAGAACAAAGCUGCUGAAAGAGAUGAGCAGGUUAUUAAUUGUUUGGUACAAGCUGGAGAACUAGCUCUACGUUAUCUUCAGGAGAUUGAACGUACUCAGGGUCACAGUGGAGGCUCUCUUCCUCAGUUGUCUUCAGGUGCCACCACAUCAGGUUCCGGAUCACCUCUGCCUCCAAACACAGAAUAUAGGAUUGGAUAUAUUUUAGAGACAGCUCUCCAAAGAGCUCCCAUUCUUUUGAUAAGAAGUGGGAAAUUAUAUAAGGCUGUGGAACAAUACAGAAAUGUCCUUAGUGCAGUGGAAACCAGCUCCACCCAGUCACUAAGACAAACUAUGUCCAGGCAGCUUGCUGAAGUAUUACUAAGGGGAGUGUGUGAAAAGGCCUACAAUACUCAUCUGCCUAUUACAGAGAACCAAAGAGAAGAAGGUCCAUGGAAACCACUUAAAUACACUGGACAAAGUUUGUUUGUACCAAAAGAUGAAAAUGAAGAAAUUUUAUUACUACUGUUCAUUAGUGAAGCAAUGGCUGUGAGAAAUGCUGUUUUAGACAGGUCUCCAGAGUUUAGGGAUAUCAGGAUUCAUUCAUACCACAAUGUAACAGCUGUUUAUGAUCUUCUAACUAUUGCCCUGGCACGAAGAGCUCAGUUCAGUGUCUUAUGUGAGUCUUUUGAAGGUGCAAUGAAAUUUUCCUUUGAGGAGUAUCAUAUCUGGUUUCAAUUUGCUUUGUCACUGAUUUCUGCAGGAAAGCAUGGACAAGGCUUCCUAGUCUUACAAGAAUGUGCCCGACUACAGCCAUCUGGAAGUCUUCCUUCCUUAUUGGCAGCAAGACUAUGCUACGAACAUCUAGGCCAACCAGAACAAGGACUCAAAAUGGCUCAUGAAGCUUUGGACCGGGAACGUUCCCAUCCCCAGGGUCUUUUGUGCCGUUGUUACCUUGCUGUUGGACUUGGACACCAUCUACUGGCAGAACAAGCAAGACCACAGCCAAAAAAACAGUCAGUUAGAGCCAAAGCCUUUGAAGCCUUUCUAAAAGCUCAAUCUUCUGAUCCAAAUGAUCAUUUACCUGAGUUUUAUCUGGCUUUGCACUAUGCACAAGCUAGACAGUUAACUGAGGCUGUUCAGCAUGCUAAAAUGGCCCUUCACCUAAGAUCAGAACAUAUUGGCUCUCUCCAUUUGCUGGUUCUGCUUUUGUCUGCUCAGAAACAAUACUCUGAAGCUCUUCAACUGGUAGAGGCAGCUUUGGAAGAGUAUCCUCGUAACUUGAAUUUACUUUAUACCAAAGCUUACCUGGAAGAACACUGUAUGGGGGGAGAUGUGGCACUUCUGACUAGUAAGGAAAUGCUUCAACAUUGGAAAGUGCUUUAUGAUGAUGAGUUGAAACGUGACAUGAGAGACAGCAUGCAAAGGGUGGCGAGUGAAAGUCGGAGCAUGUUCCAAGUGUAUUCUUCAGAAUUUUCUGAUAGAGAUUCAGGAUCACCUGCUACUAAUUCCGUAGCUGCUGCCUCUCGAAUUGAGCAAGCCUUAUCAGAAGUGGCCUCAUCUAUAAGUGGCUUUCAUCCUCGUCCAGGACCCCAAUCUGUUUGGAUUUUGCAGCUUCACAUCUGGUUACUUAUAGCUGAAGUAUAUCUUCAUUUAGGUCAAGUGUCAGAAGCUGAAGCUUGUGUCCAUGAAGCCUCAUCUAUUUUCCCAUUAUCUCAUCAGCUGAUGGUGAUGAAAGGACUGAUUCAUGAACAUAAAGGAGAAUUUUAUGAAGCCAAAACCUUCUUCCAAAAUGCCAUUGCUGUGAAUCCUCUUCAUGUAAAAGCCAUGCAGCAUUUGGGGCUGGUAUAUCAUCGAUUAGGAAGUUGUCAUUUGGCAGAAAAAACCUUACGAGAAGCUGUGACUAUAGACCCAGUGUCACAUCAAUCAUGGUACAAUAUGGGUCAAGUACUGCAGGAGAUGGGACAGUUGGAUAUGGCCGGUGACUGUCUUGCAACUGCUAUUGAAUUAGAGGCUACUAGUCCUAUUUUGCCAUUCUCUGUUGUCCCUCACACCCUCGAAUAAAAUUUUAUGCUGUAACCAGUUUAUGACAAUUUGUGUAUUAUGGCUAAUAUUAUAUACAUAUUUUAUAUUUAGUUCCUACAGAAAUUAUUAUUGUUAUUGAGAUUACAAGAACUGAAACCUGAAUUUAUAUUUAGGUUCUAAUGACACAAAGUCAAAUUGAAACAAAAUUGAUUUAUUUAACCCUUUCUAGCCUGGUGGUAAUAUGUUGCUGUUUCUGCAUUUGUAUUUAUAAAAAUUCGUAAUUCAUGUCACUAUAUCUGAAAAGCAUACAAUUGAAACAAAAGCAUGAAAACCUUUGCACUUUUUAUUUUGAUUUAUGAUGACAUACAACCCAUUAUUUUACUGAACUGUAUACUACACCAUUAUGCAAUAAGCCUGUAAUCAUUGACCUGAAAGCCAGAUUUCACACGUAACCAUAUCUUAUUAUCAGUAAUACAGCAAAUAGGCCUAUUGAUAUUUUAUGUGAAGCACAUUUUUUUGAAAGAAGUUUUGCAAUGAAAUAUAUAUUGUUUAAAAUGAACAUAAAUACUGUUUAUUUAACUAUAUCACUACAUUUUAUUUAUAAAAUAUUACCUCUGUAUUUCUUUCAAAACUUGUAUAAAGAUGUUUUAAAAAGACCUCCCAUUAGUCUCUUAUCUUGUGCAGUAAAGAAAAAAAAGGAACUGCCAAAGUAAUUACUUUAAGAUAAACAAGUUGGGGAACCAUGUAAAUUAAUCUAUUUCCUUUAUGUAGCAUACAAAAAAAACAUUAAUUUAGUUUAAUUCUUUGAAGGCCUGUGAUGAUGAAAUGCUUUUGAUAUACUAAUUAAAAGUUUAGAAAUUUACAGUAAAUUUCAGCUAUAGUUUUAUUGACAGAAUUUUUUAAAACUUAAUGUUGUCAUUUGCUUUCAGAUAGAAAUGAGAUACCCCAGUCUGGAAAGGGUGUUAUGAACUUCUUUUUUUUUAAACUAAAUAAGCAUUUGUGAAAACAGACUUACUGGUAGAUAAAAAUAUUUUGACAUUGUGUCAUUACAUAAAUUCUUAUAAAUAUUUAUAGAUUCUGCUAUUAACUCCAACGUUACCUAUAGUAUUAUUAUUACAUGUUUUUGUUUUUCCUCAAAUAGAAAACAUUCCAUAUUUCUACGUCACUUUCACAAAUUAGUUUAAUUCAUUAUGGUGAGUGAACAAAUGUUCAUUGUGUUAAAAAAGCAUCCGAAGCCUAAUUCUGUUAAUUCUUAAAAUAUCUACAGACAUCUAGAAGAAAAAUGGAAUGAAACUGCAGAUAAAAAAAGAACUUUAAAAAUAAUAUGUAAUUCUAAUAACGUAAGGAUCAAAGAAACCUCAGCUAUCAAGAAACUCAAACUAAUGUUGAAUUCUAGUUCAACAGUAAUUGAUAUCCUACUGAAAAUUAACAGUCAGUAAUUUUUGAAGUUUUUUGUUUUUUAGCAAAUUCUAAAUUAAAAUUGGGAAAAAGACUUAUCAGUAGGGGUGAGGUAAAUUUCAUGUUACACCUAUGAAACAGAAUAUACUUUGUCUAGUGUAAAAAAAAUUAACCAAAAAGGUUGGGAACACUUAACAGAAAAAAUAAGAAAUGAUUGAGAAAUAUUAGUAA